UAAUCCACUUAAUUAUAAUAACAAUUGCAAACUCUGCAUUUUCUGGUGAAGAAAAAUAUGUGCGUCAUUGAGUCGAUAUAAUGUCCCAAAUACCAUUCACCAAAGUCAUAACAAAUUUCGAUUUCAAUUCAAAAUACAUAACACCGGAAACGUUUUUGGAAAUCAUUUAAAUACGCGUGGCUAUAGCACUUUCAACUCAGUCUGAAAUUAUAUUUCAAUCAACGCACUCAUACAUCAAAUCAAGAGUUUCCAACCGCUGUAAUAAUGAAAUCUGUUGUCACUUUGCUUUUCUUCUUCUGCUGCUGCUGCUGCUUUUUCGGAUAUAGUCUGACUGCUCAAGCGACAUCGACCGUCAAAGAGACCAUGGAUUUGGAGUGGAAUAAGCUGAAAUCAUUGCUGCCUGUACCAAUUGAUCCAUUGAAAUUGAACCCAGUGAACCAAACCUUCUGUACUUGUGGAGUUUUUCUGAGCGGACAAUUCAAAAAAGGAUCGAGCGAACCACCGGUGGGUCAUCCAGCGUUAAUGCAUGAACAAGACAGCAUGUUCCCGUGCACACAAAUCGGAGCCAAACAAUGUUCAAACAAGUGCUUGGAAAUGGUUGCAAAACAUUUGCCCAACUCUCCGACCAUCCUCUGCGGAAGCAUCGACCGUGAUGUAUUCAGAGAACGCGCCUACUUGUUCAUCCAAAACUGUAACGGCACAUGGGUGAACACCAAAUUAUCGGCUGGACGAGAAUUUUGCUGCAAAGAUGGCUCUCCAUACAAAUGUCCAAACAAUUUGAUUUGAAACACGUCACUCAACAAUUAAUUUAAUUUAAUUUAAGUAAAUUUUCAAUAACUAUAAGCAAAUACAAGCCACAUUGUUUUAGUUUUGUUUCUGUUGUUGAAUAAAUGUUUACAUCAAAUUUACCGCCACAGCAAA